AUGGAACAAAAGUUUAUGUUAUUUUUCCUUAUUAAAAUUACUAUCUUUAUAUAUUUAAGUGGGAUAUGUUAUCUUAACAUUCAUAUGAGUAUGUUUAGGAAAUCCAUGCAUGAGAAACACAAUAAUAGAAAUAUGUUUUUUAUGAGAACUUAUAGAUUACUAACAAAAUGCAAAAAGAAUAAGGAUUCAAAUUUUGUGCGAUUAAAAGAAGAGAUACCGAAUAAUGAAGUGUACGAAAGAAAGGAUAUAACUAAUAACGAAAAUGGGGUCAAAAGAAUAAUCAAACCACCGUAUAAAGAUUCAUUAAACAUUCAUAAUGGACAUAAACAAGAUAGGAUGAAUAAAUAUUAUAUAUUUGAAACAAAAAAAUAUUCUUAUCUUGAAAAAAAGAUAUUUAAAGAUCUUGAUUUUUUAAAUUUUCUUAAUAACAACAGGACAAUCAGUGAUAAAACUUACAAAAAAAUAAUAAUUAAAAAGUGUGGAUUAAGAUUUUCAUUACCUUUAUUAUUGUUAUUAUUUUUAACAUUAUCUCUGAUAUUAGGUCUUUCUGGGAUGAGUAUUGUACCUAUAUCUAAGUUGUUAUCAGUAGUGUCAGAGAUCCAUGGAUCUAAAGGUUGGAUUUCCGUUUUUGGCUCAUGGUUAAAGAGUACCCCACCUUUUUCUGAGUUGUUCAAAGUUAUGCAAGGCCAAAAAGUUUUAAACAAAUUUGUAACGAAUUUUUUUGGUUUUAUGAUACACGUCGUACCUUUUAUAAUAUUGGGAUUUAUUUUUAUAUUAGCAGUUGUUUAUUACCAUAGGAAAGUUAAAAAAUAUGAAAGAAUUAAAUUCAGGAAAAGAUAA